AUGAACAAUACGGCACUCCCAGCAGGGAAUCGGUGGGCGGUCGUUCUCUCCACUCGAGCGGUGAAACAGCUUAGAAAAAUCCAACGCGACCAAAAAGCACUGGAAAUUGUACACAAAAGAAUUCGCGAGCUGUCAACAGGAAAAUUUUCGGACGAUAGCCAUCGUCCUAUCAUAGGGACGCUCCAACAUGUACCUAUGUUCAGAGCCAAGGUUUCGCUUGAUCUUCGCAUUAUAUAUCAGAUAGAUGUACUACCAGAUCCAACUGGGACCUACGAUCAUCAAGUAUUGGUGAAAGUGAUAAAAAUCUUUCAAAUCGAGUCGCGCGCCCAAAUCGACUACCAAUUCUGGGCCAAAGUCUCCGUCCAACUACAAAAAGUCAACUCGAAUUACCGGAAGCGCUGCCAGUAUCGCCUCGCUUCAAAAAAUCCCUCUGAUGACAAACAGCGUCCUGCUAUGUUUCCCCAUGAGGAGUACGGCCUUGGAGUCUCAAACGAGGAUUCCGGAUUUCUUCUCGAUGAGUUGACGGAAGAGGAGCGGGAGCGCACUCGAGAGAUUAUUAUGGACCGGUUCGCUCCUUUGAAUAAAGCACUUUACAACUCCAUCCUAGCCGAUCUUGAGAUGGUUCUCCCCAUGGUUCUUGAUGAGCACGAACGAAAGAUUGUGAGCCAUAGAAGUGCAAGUAUUGUCAUUGGACGAAGCGGCACAGGUAAAACCACGGCUCUCAUCUAUAAGAUUCGCGCGGUCGACCAAGAAAAUACUGCCAAGGAGGAUCAACAGCCUAUUCGCCAGAUGUUUGUCACUAGAUCUCGUGUACUUGCUCAGCAUGUCGAGUCUACCUACCAAGGACUUGCGGAGUUUACCAAUAUUGCUCUAAAGUCCGAGGAGGAGCUCGAAGCAAUGGCCAAACAGUCCAGAGAAGACCCUGAUCGGGCGCUUGUUGAAUUUGAUACCGAGGUUGACCUUCGCGCCGAUCUACCAUCACGUUAUAGCGACUUGGACGAUUCUCACUUUCCGUUAUUCAUAUCAUUUGAUAAGUUAUGUUCGUUGCUCGAAAGCGAUAUUCGUCGUUUGGUUCCUGGACAACUUAGUUCAGAGACACUCCGUUCGCUCAUUGGAUUCGAUGAUUUUCUGCAUAAUUAUUGGCCUUCGGUUGGGGUCCAUGGCCUCGAGCCAAAUCUCGUUUGGUCGGAAAUUAUCGGCGUCAUAAAGGGUUCCCAAGCGGCUUUUAACUCAAAGAAUGGGUACUUAAGCAGAGAUGAAUAUGUUGAAGGCUUGAGCCAACGGCAAUUUUCUCUUCUUGCUUCCGUUCGAUCUAAGGUAUAUUCGAUUUUCGAGUUAUACAACAAACGUAAAGCGAUCCAAUACGAUACGGACGAAGCAGACAGAACACGCGUCAUUCUUCAAAAUCUACCGAAGAUACUCGGGGGUCCUAACAUCGAUUACUUAUACGUUGACGAGGUUCAGGAUAAUUUGAUGAUAGACAUUUACCUUCUUCGCAAACUCGCGAAAAGUAUGGAUAACAUUUAUUGGAGCGGAGAUAGUGCUCAAACUAUCACUGCCGGAAGUUUGUUUCGGAUUAAUGAUCUCAAAGCCUUUACUUAUCAGGAUCAGGCGGUGACCUCUAGUCCUCAUUCACAUCGCAAGACCCUACCUGCUCCCCAAUUUACCACAUUUGAUCUUAAUGUAAAUUUUCGGAGCCUCUCAGGAAUAGUUCGCUUCGCACGAUCUUUGGUCCAAGCUAUCCACAACCUAUUCCCUCAAACCAUUGAUCUCAUGGAGCCGGAAAGGGCCAAACAAUACGGCGAUCCCCCCGUAUUUUUCACUAAUAUUCAAAGUGAGAUAGGCUACUUCGAGAAAUUUCUAUUGGGCUCGAGUGCGAGUAACCGAGUUGUGUUUGGAGCUCAACAAGCCAUCUUGGUUAGGGAUGCAGCCGCCGCCGAAGAGUUAGACGCCCGAUUGCAGGGGUUAUGUAAUAUCCUUCCCAUUACAGACAGCAAGGGGUUGGAGUUUGACGAUGUACUCAUAUACAAUUUCUUUUCACAAUCUCCCGCCUCCACUGCUACUUGGGAAUACCUUUCAGGAACAACUCGAUGCUCUCAGGCUUCUCCCCCAGUUCUCUGCUCUGAACUUAAGCUGCUAUACGUAGCUGUCACGCGAGCUCGCCGUCGAUGUUGGAUAUGGGAUUCGGGAAUCCUAGCCAGCCAACUGCAGGCAAUGUGGAUGAAACAGAACCUCAUCAAGACAGAACCUGCAUCUAGGGUGAUAGGCCAACUCGCAGUGUCAUCAAGCAAAGCUCAGUGGUUAGCUAAAGGAAGGGAAUAUUUUUCGCAUCGGCUAUACAAAUUAGCUGCUGCCUGCUUUCGUCAGGCUGGACAAAUCAACGACUCCAAACUGUCGACCGCCUACCACCUCAUGUCUCGAGCAAAGCUAAAAAGACUGCGUGGAGAUACUCCAGAUUCGCGGGACGAACUUGCUAUUGCAGCUACCGAAUUGGUUACCUGCGCUAAACUACCCGGAAUCGGAAAUCCCAGAUCUGUUUACUUUCAUGCAGCAACUUGUUUUCAAGCCGCGCAAAGGCUACUCCCGGCGGCUUCUGCUUUCGUCAAGGCUGGCCAAGCAAAAGAUGGUAUUCAUAUGUUAUUUGAAGCCCACGACUACAAGAGUGCGACCGAUCUUCUGGUUGAAAAUCGAGAAUCUAUGGACAACGAUGUAUUUGAAAAACUCCGUGAAGUGGCUCGUGUGUACCUCUUUGAGCACCGCGAGUACAAAUAUAUUGGACUUCUUUUCGACAGCGUCGAUGAGAAGAUCAUUUAUGCCCGUCAAUCUAAGUACAGGACUCAAUUGAAGCACAUUCUUGCUGAACACCGCCGAUACGACGAAUUAGCCGAGGAAUACUUGGUUGACAAGAAUCUCGUCGACGCAGUAAAAUACUUUGUCAAAUCCUACCGGGCCAAUCGAGUUCAAACCAGCAUCGUUAGGGCGGCCGCUUUAGCUAUCGAUUACACCGAGUCGGUCCUGUUGAUAGAAGGAACGUACCGCAAAAACGAUUAUGACUUGGCCAAAUCUCUGGUCGAGAAGGUGCAACCAUUCGCAAGUUUCACAGGCCGGGAUGAGUUUGUGAAGGUAUAUGCGUCCCAGAUCGACUUGUUCCAUUCAUACUUGGCACUUGAUUACGUCAGGGUCGAGAUGGUUCGAGCUUGGGAUCAAGCUAACCAACUACAUGAAUCAAUGCGUAUGCUGGCUAGUUAUCUGGUGAUCAAGAGCCGUAGCUGGUCUAAAGAGAGUUCCGCGGCUACUUUGCUCGAAUAUCUUGAUGUGCUGGAAUCUUUCAAGACAGACGUCCUCAGAAUUACCAAUUCAACUAAACCUUGCAAGUUGGCACUUGCUCAGAAACUUUUUGGAUUCACCCCUAUUAUUGACCCUCUUUCAUCGCUUAAUAGCUUCAGAGCCCUUGGAACUUCUUUAAUAGCUUACCAUUCCCCAACGGCUACACGCACUGUCUCUGGCGAUAGCAUCAAUACUAUCCUGUGUGGCGAACUACCAAGGCGGCUGCAUGCCAUACUUGGAUCAAUUCAUAACGAAUCCCUUAGAAUACCUCACAUUCACAUUGGGCCAUUCCCGUUCACUCCCGCUACGCGCCUACCCGUUUGGUCCUCAUUCAUAGCAUCUGGCAAAAAUCGCAGAACAGAAAUUUUCAUCCUCUACUGCAUUUUAGGAGUUCUCGACGUAUCGGGACUAAGAGUAACCAGUGGUUUAUGUGACUACACCACUGUCGGCCACAAGUGGCUAGAGCAGGUUUUCAAAACAACCCAUCCAGCUACCGGCAUGCUUCCAGGACUGGGCUUAGAUCUCGAAACGCACGAGAAUGGGGCCGUUCCAAGGCGUUUUAAAGCGUGGCUUGAGCGGGACUGGGUAGGAAUACUCAAGACAACCGACGUAUCAGCAGACUCAAUCACAUAUAUUUUAUCUCAUUAUUUGAUCCAGCUUAAUAUUCUGGAUCAGACGACUCAAUCGAAUCCGUCCUGGUCCUUAGCAGAAGCAGGCGUGCUGAGCGCGAGUCUACGUACCAAGCUUAUUCUCCCUCUGCAAAGUUUCUGCAAAAGUCGUGAAUUUGAUCGCGUUGAACGCACAAUAGGCACUAUUGAAUAUAUCCUUGAUCGAGAUGAUCGUCCUGAUGCAACAGUGAUGAUUUCUUUCAUUGAGGCCGUCACGAGAGAGAUUGUUAUCCACUUGGAUCCAGCUCGGCAGUCCAACUUCGAGGGAUUGCUUCUGCCUUUCUCCUGGGCCCAAUCACUUGCCCGCAGAUACAACUUCGUUUCGGACCUCCAGGCAGGUGAUCGAUAUUGGAUCAUGAUGGUAAACUUCAUUGACAUUUUUUCCUGGUCAGAGCGCUGGUCGAUCGCUGGGAACCGAAUCGUCCCCUCUAUGGUUGAUUUAUUAAAUCUUCGUCUGUGCUGGUGUAUUUCCAUUGUAAUCGGGCACAUGAAAGAUUUUGACAAGGACCCGUCGCCUGGCCUGAAGGUUUUACGGGGGAUAUCAUCUGAUGAGAUGCCAGUCGACAGCCUCUGUCGUAACUCAACGGCGACUAGUGCAUACCAUGCGUUCUCUGAGGCUUCCAGUCAACAAACCAUACUAGCUGCCCUCUGUCAAACAUUGCAGCACGAGAGCCUGGUUCUUGUACAAGAAUAUCCGUAUUGUUACCACCCAGCAAAACGUAUGGUCGGGGUUCGAACUACUCCAUGCAAUAAUCCCUCGGAGUUAUUCAAAAAGCUUGGCGAAAUGUCCGUUCCAGAGAGUCGUACCCCACUUGGGAGAUUUAACCUGCGACAUACUCCUAGAAGUUCGGAAUCCGGUGUCGAGUAUUCUGACGACGAAGAGCCUGAAUUUAGCGCUCAUUAUUCUUCCGGACAUCGCACCCCAUCCGAUGAUGAUCAGGGUGAGCUACACGGGUGUUAUUGGCACUGA